AUGGUCUUACAUGUCAGGGAGGUUGUUUACCAUUUGCACCUUGGCCGCAACUAUUGGUUCACCUCCAGCGGUAAGCAGCGGUGCGGAUUGAGCCAUUGGUGGGAAAACAGCAUACGGUGUUUGCUGGUGGUGGCUGCUGUUGAAGCGAGGCUGCUUCGCAUUGGUAGCGGAGCCUGCGGGCUGGCGCUGGAGGAGGACUUCCAGAAGGAAAACUUGGUUGAGAAGGGCAAGUACCUGGUGAGGUCCCUGUCGACCAAAGUGCUUGGGCAGACAGAUGCUGGACGCAAGAAGGUGUAUCCAGCCAACUUUGUGGAAGAGGAGUUGGAUGAAAUUCACUAUGCAGCUGAAGAAGAAUGUGAUGAAGAGCAAGCCUUAGCCAUGCUCAUCGAGGAAGGUGAUGAGACAGCACUUGCCAUACAAGAGUUCGAGGAUCAGAACAAGUCAAAGAAGGGCAAAGGCCCCAGAAAGUAUCAGAGUCUUGCAGAGCGCAUAGCAAGCUCUACCUGUCGCGCCUGUGGAGCACGAGGCCACUGGAAGGAUGAGUGCCCGCUGAAGGACAAGAAUGUGACUGCAGAUGCGAACGUGAUCCUCACGGAAGAGCUCUCAGGGGGUGGUGAACUUCUUGAUGAACUUCCUGGCCAUGAUCUUGCCAAUUGGCAGAACCAGAUCGGCUUCAAAGUCAGUCCGCUCUUUCUCAAGCUGACAGCCAUGACUCUUCCAAGUGCCUCGGGAACGCCAUUUCCGGGACUCCAGACAGAGAUGCUAGAUGCGAUGCUGUCCGGAGAAGUGGAUGCCUCUCUGGCCUUCGAAGAUCGACAACUACCAGAGAUCAAAAGUCGUCGCCCUCCAGGUGUGAUGACCUUGAAGGAGUGGGGUCAGUUGAAGUUCCCGGAAGGGAAGUGGCGGCACAAGUCCUUCUUUCAGGCAUACCAGGAGGACCCAAAGUACGGCAAGUUCAUGAAGGAGCACAGGAAACUGGUGUCAGCUUGGGCACUGAGUUUUCAGGCUUACGUGGAAGCCAUGGACAGGAUGCAGGAAGAUUGCUCGAAGGCCUUCUACCAGGAGUAUGCCAGACAGUGGGCCAAAGCCGAGAUGUCCAAGAUGUAUCCGAAGGCAGAGAUCGAGAAGAGUCAAGGACCAGAGUGGGAGCUGUUGACAGGAGGGGUGACAUCGCGUCCGAUGAGCACGAUGUCAUCACCAAGUCAGAAGCGCCCCAUGGAAGAAGAGCAGUCGCAGAUGGCGAUCGAGGUGCAGCAGAAAGAGGAGAUGAUCACUCGCAUGGCGAUCUUGCAGCGCGAGAUGGACAAGAUCAAGACUUUCCAGAAGUUUGGAAGUGAUCUUCUGGAGAUCUAUUGUGAAGAACAUUCUCAAAUCACAGAACAAGCUUGUAAGCUGGGCUUGAAGGCCAGAAGAUUCACUUUCAGUGAUGGAGAUCUUUCUACACCAGAAGGUCAAGCUGCGCUUUGGAAAGUUUUGGAAGAAGAGCGACCGAGAGAAGUCUGGAUGGCACCAGAAUGCAAAUAUUGGGGCAACUUCAGUCGCAGAAACAUGGGCAGGUUUGAUGAGAAGCCACUGGUUUUGGAUGAGUUGCAUGUUUGUGAUGUUGAUGAAGCUUUUGUUGCCGGAGUUGUCAAAAGAAAAAGAGUGUCCGCUGCAGCAGUUCCAGUGAGCUUAGAAGAGCCGGUUUCAGCAGAAGUGAAGCGUCCAAGGUAUCACUGCAAACAGACACCAGCAGGUGACCACGGAUGUGCAGCCGGUGAAUAUUGGGAUGGCAUUUUUAAGAAAAUUGAAACCAUGGUUCCACGGGUAGGCAAACGUGUUUUGGAUGAUGAUGGGGUUUUAGCUCAGAUUCAGAAGGGGGCCACAAACUUGAAGGUUCAGAGGGUUGAAGCCUGUAGGGGAACUGAGAGGUUGCGCCUCCCUGGAUUUGAUGCGGACCCAGAAACCAUCCCGUUGAGAUGGACCGUGGUCAAAGACCGCAUCACGGGUCAGUCAAUGGUACUUGGCCCAGCUGAGGAAUGGGCUGCUCUGCCAAAAAGGCAGCAAAUUCGAAAGGGUCAAUCUGCAAAGAUGAAAGGCAUGCGGAACCUCAUUUGGUUCAAGGAGCUCUGGAUUAUCAGUGCGACAGUUGUGCGGAAACAAAAGCUGGUCCAGACUCCACCCGUCCUGGCACAAUUCAUGAGAGAGUUGUCAGUUCAGCCACCUGGGACACCUAAUGGGGAGUUGAGCAAUCAGUCUGAACCGCCUCAAGGAGUGGAACAGUCAGAGAAUGAACUCCCUGAUUACGUGCGUGUGCCGGUUCCAGAAAGUGUCAGUGAGUCCGAUGGUGAUGCCUCACAGGCGGGCGUCAAUCUUGAACCAACGGAUGACCUUCUGGUUGGAGAUGACAUCACCAUGUCUGCAGAUGAUAGGUGUUGCCAGUUCUGGGAGAUUGAAAUUCCUGUUGAAAACCAUGAAGAGCAUGCACUGUUUUGCGCUGGAUCAGCAGAUGAAAGUGUGUUGUUGGUGACUGGAGCAAAGAAGAAACGAGUUGAAGUCCGUUUGAGUGAUUUAAGCAGUGCUGACCAACAGCGCAUGGCGGUGGCCAAGCAUAAAGAAAUAGGCGCCUGGCUCAAACAUGGAACUGUGAGAAAAGCAUCCAAAGGAAAAAAUCCUGAGGAAGCAAUCAUGCGCUGCCGAUGGCUGCUCACCUGGAAAUCAGCCUCACCUGAGGAUCACCCCAAGGAUGUGAGUGAGGGUCGUAAGGCAAAGGCCCGGUUGAUUGUUGUUGGAUACGAGGAUCCUGGAGUUGGGGUGGUUCAAAAUGAUUCACCCACACUCACCAAAGAUGGAAGACAGAUGGUGGUGCAACAGGUGAGUAGUCAUGGUUGGGAACUAGUUUCCUUCGAUGUCUCAACUGUCUUUCUCCAAGGCGAAGGAGACGGCCGCUUGCUUGGUUUGUAUCUCACCCCAGAGUUAACAGAAGCCCUUGGGUUGGAACCUGGUGAUCAGUGUCAAUUGGUAGGAAAAGAGAAAUAUGCCCAUCAGGGAUGUUUGAUUUUUGUCACGACUCCAGAGUUGCUGGAGAACAAGAGAUCAGUGGUAGCACCAGAAUUCUGGAUUGUCCUGUUGAUCUUAGAACCUUGGGGUUGGAGAGAGUAA